AUGACGUCAUUAGUAGGUACUCUCAUUUCAAAAGAUGUAAAAGAGUUACUUCAUGAUAAAUAUAUUUUGAUUCUUGGUGAUUCAGUUGUGAGAGGUCUAUAUAAAGAUCUUAUUACAUUUUACAAUUCGAAUGAUCUUAUUAGCGAAGAAGAAUUACGUAUAAAAGGAGAAAAUCGUUUUUAUGGUGAUCGUUUAGUUAGUGGUGGUAUGCAAAAAGGACUUACGAAUGGAAUCGAUUAUGAAGAAGUUCGUGAAUAUACUGGUGGAGGUCGUCUUCGUAUUCGAUUUUAUUUUAUAACACGAUGUUAUUCAUCCUAUAUGUCAAAUGUUGUAUUUAAUGAUAUUAAAAAUCAAACGAUUAAACCAGAUAUUAUUAUUAUGAAUAGUUGUGUAUGGGAUAUAUCUCGAUAUGGUAUUGAUGCAAUGAGAUCCUAUCAACGAAAUAUUGAUCAUAUUAUGAGUUCAUUUCGUCAGAUGUUACCUGAUACACUUUUCUUAUGGAUUUCAGCAUUACCUGCUUCAAAUUCAUCGAAAGGAGGUGUUAUUAUACCAAGUGCUGAAUAUAUACGACCUAUUCUACCAGGUCUAAUUCGAGAUGGAAAUUAUCAUUGUUCUCAAUUGUGUGAUUUUCAUGAUGUUCUUUAUAUUGAUAUGCAUUCUGUAUUUUCUACUAUGUUACAUCUUCGUCGUGCAGAUGGAAUUCACUGGUGUGCACUUGCUAAUCGUGCAAUCACUGAAACAUUAUUAAAUCAUAUUAGAGCUUAUUAUCAUGGUGUAAAACAAUUCAAAUGUGCUUUCUUACGUGGAGAAUUAGAAAAUAAAAUUAAUACAUUUAAAGAACGUAUGAAAAAACGUAAUCCUAAUUCAACUGUGAAAUAUCUUGAUCAAGAGGUUUCGAAUAAUGAUAAUGAUAGUACUAGUAAAUCCAAAGGAAAACGAAAACGAAAUGAUGAUGAAAAAGAAAAUGAACAUUGUCAUCGAAAAAUGAUUAUAGAAACAACAGCAUAUAAAAAUGCAUUACGAACAGUUAUUAUACAAAAAACAAAUGAUGAAUCUGAAAUUAAACGACAAAAAAUACUCGAUAAUGAAAUGAUUAAAUUUGAUCAUAAUUAUUGUGAUAUUAUGUAUGAUAAUGAAUAUGAAGGUCUUAAUCUCUUACAUUUUUCAUCAUAUGAUACUGAUUCAAUCGAAGAAAGCAGUGAUCUUGAUGUAUUAAAUAAUAUUAAUCCAAUUAAAACAGAACAGAUAAAUGACAGUGGUUCUGAACUUGAUAUUAAACCUUCACAAAAUGUCCUAACAUCAAUGUCAUUAUCAAAAGCAAAUGAACCUCAAUACAUUGUUCUUUCUUCGGAUGACGAAGAUGAAACAACAACACAUAUUGUUCCUUCGUCAUCUACACAAAUUGUUUUACCUAUUUAUUUAUUAAAUCGUUUAUAG